AUGUCUGACGAUCUACUAGUCUCAAAUUUGUUCUCAGUGAAGGAUAAAGUAGCGUUAAUUACAGGUGGAGGCACUGGAAUUGGUAAAAUGAUUGCAAAAGCAUUCGUGAAGAAUGGUGCGAUAGUUUAUAUUGCUUCAAGGAAUAAAACAGCUGCUUCAAGAGACAAAACGAGCAUUGAUGAUGAAAUGGGUCCUGGAAAAUGUUUUAGUAUUGAAGCCAAUUUGGAUUCAAAAGAUGCAUGCGAGAAAUUGGUUACUGAUUUCAAAAAUUUAGGAAAUGAUAAACUCGAUAUUCUUGUGAAUAAUUCUGGUACUUGGCAUAAUUCUGGUUUGACAGAUAUUCCCGAGGAUGCCUUUUUACCAUUACUCGAAAAGGCCAGUAAAAAACUGGUUGAUCCAUCAAGGGUUAUCAUAACCGGAAGCAUUCUUGGUAUCGGUGAAGGCCAGACCAAAGCAUUACAAGCACUUGGAUUAUGUGCCCUAGCUUAUAGAAUAAAUGUCAAUGUCUUGGCUCCUGGUUAUGUUCCCGUAGCGGAUAGAAUGGCUGAAGUUGAUGAUCUAAGCGUUAGUGAAAUUCCUCAAGGUGAAUUAGACAUGGCUGGAGCGGCGUUAUACUUAGCUUCGCGUGCUGGUAGUUGGAUAUCUGGCAUUGAGCUUGUAGUCGAUGGUGGAACUCUCUUACAAUUUAAAUUAACGGAUGUAGAAAAAGUGCAAUUGCCCAAUAUAAAUUAA